AUGAGAAAGACAAUCACUGAAGCUAGAAGAAUUGGUUCCCUAUACAAGUUUUCUAAACCUUUACAAAAACAUAAUAAUCUGACAAAUAACUUUGAAUCCACAUGUUUCGCUGAGAAUAAUGGACAAGCACCAGAAAUUAUUGAGUUUCCUGUUGUCAGUUUUGUAAGACCUACAGAGAAUCCUGAAUUAAGUGUGUUCUGUUCUAAUUUAACUGGUAUUCAACAGUCUGAUGUAGAGAAUGCGCCUACUUUGGGAGUUGUUUUAAAGAAGUUUGAAAUUUGGCUUCGAAGAACUAAAGAGACUUUGGGAUGUUCUUUCAAGGGUCAACCAACAACGACAGCUAUUUUCGUCACUUGGACUGAUUGGGAUAUAAGUAUUUGUUUAUGGGAUGAAUGUCGACGGAAAAAGCUUCCAUUACCUGGUGAUAUGCUGAAUCGUAUUGAUCUGAAGGCUAUAUUUCAACAAUGGCUUGGCUCUCAUAAAGUUGCACAGAAUUGGCGGGGUGGUCUAAAAGAUGCACUUCACUUGGUUGGAUUGCGUUUUGAAGGUCGCCCGCAUAGAGGGAUUGAUGAUGCUAAGAAUACAGCUCGACUGCUGCUUCAUCUGCUUUCAAAAAAUAUUCUUGACUUAACAACUUCAUGA